AUGGCACUUGGGCAGUAUGAAACAGAUGAGAUACUGAGAGCUACCGCUGAGCAGAAAAAUGUCCCUGGUGGUGACGGUGUAUCAGGAUCCAGGAUGACAGACCAAAGCUUGUCAACUCUAAUCACAGAGUAUGAUAAACACCUGGAAGAAAUGAGAGAACAGCUGCAGCUUUAUCAGGCACAAAUGAGCAAGAUGAGACUAAAAUUUGAACAAGUCACCAAGGAAAACGAAAGGCUGCAUGCAGAGUUGAAAGAGGUUCUUCAGAAGCAACUGGAGGCUCUUCCUUUCGUGCCUCUGGGAACUGAUAUUCCUGCAGAUGAAGGCAUAGUGAGAAACCUUCAAGAACAACUACAACUGACAAAUCAAGAAAAAGAACAAGCAAUAGAGCUCUGGCAGACUGUAUUAGAGGAGCACGAUCGCCUCCAGCAGCAGUACCAGGAACGCAUGACUGAAACGCAGAUUCACGUGGCUGAAAGGCAAAAGCAGAAAGAUCAACUGACUGGCUUUCAACAGUUGACUCGGCAACUGCAUAUAGCCAAUGAGAAAAUAGAGUUGAGCAAUCAACAGUUUCUGAAAACUGUAACAGAACAGAAUGUGGAACUAGAGCAGCUACGAAAACAACUGAGGCAAGCCAAAUUAGAUGGGCGGACAGCAAAUGCUAAGGUUGAUGAAAUGACCAGAUUGAUGGAGAAGCUUCAAGGCCAGUUGGAGAGAAAGGAAGAAGAUGUGGUAUCUGCCCAGCAAAGAGAAACAGCAUCUGACAAAUGCUUGCAGCAAAUGCAGUCUAGUAUAAAACAAUUAGAAGCAAGAUUACGUGUCACAGUCCAAGAUGCUGAACAGCUGAGAACAGAAAGAACAGCCCUGGAGAAACAAAUCAGAGAGCUUCAGACAAAGUACGCUAAUCUAGAAAGGGAGAAGUAUAAUGCUGUUGCAAAAGUCCAAGAUUGCAUACAGCUCUUAGAAGAAGCUAAUCUACAAAAAAGUCAGGCAGUCUUUGGAGAGAAACAAAAGGAAGAGGAAAUCAAUAAAAUGAAAGAUGAAAUGUCUCAACUUGCAGAAGAUACUGCUGCAAGAAUUAGAAAGGCAGUAGACUCUGCAAAGAAGCAAUAUAAUGUGCAGAUUUCUCGACUAACAGAAGAACUUUCAGCUCUUCAAAUGGAAUGUGGAGAAAAACAGGGUCAAAUUGAACGAGCCAUUAGAGAAAAGAGAGCAGUGGAAGAAGAACUUGAAAAGAUUUACAGGGAAGACAGAGGACAUGAAUCUGACAACAGAAAACUAGAGCAGCUGCAUCAGAAAUACUUACUUGCAGAAACUACCAAAGGUGACCUUCAGCUAAGUCUGCAGACAACACAAAAUAAACUGAAACAACUAGAAAUGAACUCUGAGGAAGAGAAGUCUCGUUGCCAGGAAGCUAUCUCUAAAUUGCAAAGCAUUCUGGAUUCAGAAAGAGAAAAGAGCGCCUUUGUCAGUGAACAAAGGCUAAAACUUCAGCAAGAGAAUGAACAACUGCAAAAAGAAAUGGAGGGCUUGAGAAAACUGGCCACAGAAGCUCAACAAAAAGCUAAAAUAAGGAUAAGCACAAUGGAGCAUGAACAUGCUGUGAAAGAACAUGGAUAUGAAGCUCGACUUAAGGAAAUGGAAGACACCAGUCAGAAGUCUACUGCAGAACUUAGACGGCUGUUAGCAGCUCAGCAAAAAGCAACAAAUCGGUGGAAAGAAGAAACAAAAAAUCUUACUGAAACUACAGAAGCCAGGAUCAGUAAGCUAAAAAGUGAGCUGAGCCAACAGAAACUUCGUAGCCAGGAGCUCGUUUCUCAGCUGGAAUUGGCAAAUGAAAAGCUAACUGAGGAUGAAAAAUUAAUGAUGGAGUAUCGAGAAUACAUCAAUAGGCUUCAGAGGCGACUGAGUCAGGCAGAACAGAGGGCAGCUACAGCAUCUCAAAAGCUCACCCUGAUAACUACACAGAAGAAAAAAGCUGCUUCCCUGAAGGAUCUGGAAAAUAUUUAA